AUGGGACCGAAGUCCUUGCGCAUGGCGUUCCUGAUGAAGCACACUGUACUAGUCCAUUUUGUUGCUUUGCAGACGGUGCAAGGUUUCACGUUCAUCAAGCAGAACCACCAGACGGCUCGGAAGGUAAACGCCGUAUGGUAGUGCAUAAGCAUCCCGUCGUCGAGAAGAUCUCAAUGUGCAGCUCCGUCCUUUCAGUCUGGCCUGUUUCUGUUAGUGUUUGCAUGUUCUGUCUCAGACCAUCCACCACGGCUGUAGCUGCUGUGAAUCGUGAUCUGCAAACCGAGUCGAUGGUAAAGCUUAAAGUUAAUGAUGAAAUAUAGGUUGAUCAUAUGAGGCAUAAGUAAAAGUGAGAAUCGCGACGGGAUCCCCUCUUGUUUUGAUACCCCACGGAACGAGUUUUGGUUGCGAGCGACGUUACCGUCGAUGAGCUCAACACAGACAGAACGACGUGCGAAAUCCCGGGAGGGCCAGCUGGCGAAUUAAUCAAUAAGAAUUUGAAAAAGGGUUUUGUUAGCUUAUGGAGUUGUGGGCAACAAGGUACGGGGAUGGUUUUAGAAUCCUGUAAAGUUUUCUUCAAAUCGUACCAAAGUUGGCUCGUGAAUAGUUGCACCAUAGUAAAGCCGGCAGACGAAAGCACGGUUUGCGCACCAGAGCGCACCGGGAACAUUGAACAGGGGGAAGUUGUACACACAUGCGUUCCGCGCCCAAAGCCCACUGGUCCCAACCCUUGUGAUUCUGGCGUGUGCAGUAUACGGGAAUGUUUGAACGAUGUUGCCAAGUGUGGCGCAAUCGUACUAGCGCCUCACUACGAAGACAUGGACGCAGAUCCAACAAGCACGCCGGCUCCUGCGCCGUCACCGCCAGAAACACCGACGACCACCGCCCCCCCGCAAGCUAUCGAAAUGAAUGUCAGCCCUCAUCGCACGAGACACAGACCCGUGGGCUCAUCUUUGCGACGUGUUCGUUGCCCGAUCUUCCCUGCAUAUUAAUAGGUAUGACCCGACUAUUCAUGUUGUACUUCGCGAUGUUUCGCCAUUGGAAUGACCGAAAAGCACAGGGAGCAUGCCUUAACAGGAGCGCGUACUUCUGCGUAUACUUUUCGCAUUGGCCCUACUGGUACUGUAGUUGAAGUCACUGCUUAUACACAUAGUUCCAUCACCACGCCUCUCUUUUUGUUGACGAACGACGAUAUGCAUUGCAACGAUUUGUCUGAGAUCGCGUCACGGGGUCGUGUCGUUCGUGUGGAUGGGUCUUUUUCUGGGGACAAGAGUGCAAGACGAUUACAC